AUGUUACACGAAAAACUUGAAGAAUAUAACAGUGCCUUUGAAAAAAUCAUGGAAGAGCUUGAAGAGCCUGAAAUGCCAGAAGAUCCAAAAAGUUCUGCCCCGUCAACAACAGAUGAAACCCCCAAAAAAAGUAGAGGGCAAUAUCAAAAGCCUACGGAUAAAGAUAUAAAAAAGCUUCUUUAUCUCUACUUCAUAAGGGGAUUAACUAUCGAAAAAGCCAGCAAGAUAAUACUUGCUUUAUUAUCUUAUAACUGCACUGUAAGGAUAAAAAAUUUGAGUGCCAUGUACCCUUCCGCCAAUAGUAAAAGGGGGGGAGCAAAUUCAGAUGGCAAUGGGAGCAAAUUCAGUUGGCAAUGGACGCAAAUUCAAUUUCUAUGGAAACCAAUCAGAUGUCAAUGGGUUCUAAUUAGAUGGAAACAGAUGCUAAUUAGAUGGAAAUGGGCGCCAAUUGAAUGGAUAAAACCAGUAGUAUUGAUAUUUAUAGAAUUAGAGCUACUCUCCAUAGUACUCAAAUAG